AUGACCCCGCCGUGUGCAUGGUUCCAUUCCGUGCCCCAGAUCGUGGAAGGCGUGAUCAUCAAGGAGAAGCCGGAUGGCGUGCUGGUAUCCAUGGGGGGACAGACGGCGCUUAACUGCGGUGUCGAGCUGCACAACGCCGGGAUUUUCGAGAAGCACAACGUCCGUGUGCUGGGGACCCAGAUCCCGGUGAUCAUGGCCACCGAGGACAGGGACGUGUUCGCUCAGAAACUUCGGGAGAUCAACGAGAACCUCGCUCAGAGCAUUUGUGCCAGCAACAUGGAGGAGGCGCUCGCCGCCGCUGAGAAGGACCUUCGUGGAUGGAAGGAGGUGGAGUACGAGGUGGUCAGGGACAACAGGGACAACUGCAUCACCGUCUGUAACAUGGAGAAUUUCGACCCCCUAGGCGUGCACACCGGCGACUCUAUCGUCAUCGCUCCGAGCCAGACCCUCUCCAACAGGGAGUAUUUCCAGCUCCGUCGGACUGCCUUGAAGGUGAUGCUCUUGGUGAUGGUGUUGAUGGUGAUGGUUGUGCGGCACCUGGGCGUGGUGGGAGAGUGCAACAUCCAGUACGCCCUUAACCCAGACAGCGAGGAGUAUUGCAUCAUCGAGGUGAACGCUCGGCUGAGCCGAUCGUCGGCCCUCGCGUCGAAGGCCACCGGAUACCCCCUGGCCUACGUGGCCGCCAAGCUCGCUCUCGGGAUCGACCUCGUCUCCAUCCGGAACAGCGUUACCAAGUCCACGACAGCUUGCUUCGAGCCGGCCCUGGACUACUGCGUCGUGAAGAUGCCGCGGUGGGACCUGAAGAAGUUCGCCAAGGUGUCGACCAAUCUCGGUAGCGCCAUGACCAGUGUGGGAGAGGUGAUGUCUAUCGGCCGGACGUUCGAGGAGGCCAUCCAGAAGGCCGUCAGGAUGGUGAAUCCCGACCUAGAUGGGCUGGAGGGUAAGUGGGACAAUGACUCCACCGUCUCCGAGAACGACCAGCUCAAGAUCCCAACCGACUCCAGGCUGUACGCCGUCAUGGCGGCCCUGGAAGAGGGACGUACCGUGGACGAUGUGCACAACCUCACGAGGAUCGACCGCUUCUUCCUCUCCAAGCUCAAGAACAUCGCCACGAUGAAGAAGGUGGCGAUGUCCACCGGCACGCUCGAGGGCUUCGGGCGACAGGGGCUGCUGGCCCUCAAGACCUCCGGCUUCAGCGACCGCCAGAUCGCACGCUACACGAGCACUUCCGAGCACCAGGUGGACACGCUUGCGGCAGAGUUCCCCGCCAGCACCAACUACCUCUACAUGACCUACGGAGGCAACGAGCACGACAUCGAGAAGGAGGAGAUGGUACGAUUGUCGAGUAUUGUUUGCAUCGACCGCGCUAACCUACUGACCAAUGACGAGUCGCCCGUUUUGAAGCGGGGGAUACUGAGCACGAACACGGAGGAUGGUAUCCAUACCACAAUAAUAUAG